UUUUUAUAUGGUAAUGGCAGCCUAUUACCUAACAAAUAUCUCUCCACUACUUCUUGUUUAGCCCUUGACCCUUCUCUCCAUUAUUAGCAUUUGGUCUCUUCUCUGCUCGAACUUUCACAAUGUCUAUAGCCACUUCUCAGAUCCACUCGCUUUCUCGAAAUUUGCUCUAGUUUUGGUUAAUGAAUCUAAAUAAUUUUGAAGGAAGGAGCAAAAGACGCUCCCAAGAUAUUUGCCCAUCAAUUUUAGUUGUUCUCAUUAAAGGAUUUUAUCCUAGAAAUGUUAUCAGAUAUUUCUAGGACCUAAGUGCAUGUUUAUCGUGCUGAAUUGUACAAAGAUGGAUAGGUCAGACACAUCGGGUUUUGUCAGUGGUGGAGAUAGCUUGCACAUUUACAUUUCAUUUUGAUAAUUAUUCAUGCGAGUGGCAUGUGCUAAAAAUUAUUGUUUAACUGGCCUCCUGUUCCUUGGUCCUUUAGUUCACAGCUCGUAGAGAAUGGAUCUGAAUGAUACAGUUAUGCAGCUUUGUCAUAACAGCAAACUUUCUAAAACUGAAAACUUUGGUGAUACAACCUUACGCCUGAACUGCCUUGGCAAUGGAGGAAGCAGUAUGAAUGGAUUUGAGAAUACUCAAAGCGAAUGUAAGGUUGAUUUCUCCAAUGGCCCUGAUGAUGGUUGUAAGUUGGUGCUUGGACUGGGUCCAACACCAACUGCUUAUUGUGAUGAUUAUUACAGCAUGAGGUUUAACAAGACCAAAGUAUCAGCUUCUGCUGCCAUAUUUUCUCAAGGAUUGUCAUCUGAUGCUGAUUCAACCCUUAAACUUGGGCUUUCUGGAGGGACCAAGGAAGCUUGGAGUGGGCUUGAUUGUUCACUUUUGGAGACUGAUACUAGCACCUCUAUUAUGAACCAAGUUUGUGAUGAUGAUAAUAGAUUCUCGAUUCCUGCUGUUGAUGAAGGCUCCACUUCAGCAAAAAAAUCUGGUGGAUACAUGCCAUCGCUCCUUUUUGCUCCAAGAUUGGAUGUUGGAAAAGUUGCAUUGCAUACAGAAGAAUUUCUUGAAUUUGGGGCCAAAUCUAAUAGUCAACAGCUGCAGCUGAACCAUGAACCAUCUGCUACCACAGAUUUCUCAGCGGACACUAUUUCUGAGCAUGCAACUUCUGCCACAUCUUUAGAUCGCAAAACCAGCAACCUAAAGAAGUGCAAGUUUUUUGGUUGUUUAAAAGGUGCACGGGGGGCAUCAGGUCUCUGUAUUGGGCAUGGGGGCGGACAUAGAUGCCAAAAGCCUGGUUGUAACAAAGGGGCUGAAAGCCGAACUGCUUAUUGUAAGGCCCAUGGUGGAGGAAGGAGGUGUCAACAAUUGGGUUGCACCAAAAGUGCAGAGGGGAAGACAGAUUUUUGCAUCGCUCAUGGGGGCGGCAGAAGAUGUGGGUUUCCAGGAGGAUGUUCCAAGGCUGCGCGAGGCAAGUCAGGGCUUUGCAUUAAACAUGGUGGGGGGAAGAGGUGUAAGGUUGAAGGUUGCACUCGAAGUGCCGAGGGACAGGCUGGCUUGUGUAUUUCUCAUGGCGGUGGGCGUCGUUGCCAAUAUCAGGGAUGCACAAAGGGUGCUCAGGGGAGUACUAUGUUUUGCAAGGCUCAUGGUGGAGGAAAACGUUGCAUAUUUGCUGGAUGCUCCAAAGGUGCUGAAGGUAGUACGCCGCUGUGCAAAGGACAUGGUGGGGGAAAACGUUGUCUUUUUGAUGGUGGUGGAAUCUGUCCAAAAAGUGUUCAUGGUGGCACAAAUUUUUGUGUUGCACAUGGUGGCGGAAAGAGGUGUGUUGUGCCAGGCUGCACAAAGAGUGCACGUGGCCGUACUGAUUGCUGUGUUAGGCAUGGGGGAGGGAAGCGGUGCAAGUUUGAAAACUGUGGGAAGAGUGCACAAGGUAGCACAGAUUUCUGUAAGGCCCAUGGUGGGGGCAAGCGAUGCACUUGGGGAGAGGGUAAAUGUGAGAAAUUUGCAAGGGGUAAGAGUGGUCUAUGUGCUGCACAUAGCAGCAUGGUCCAGGAGCGGGAUAUGAAAAAGGGUAGCUUGAUUGGACCAGGGCUCUUCCAUGGCCUUGUAUCUGCAUCUGCUGCAUCAAAUGCAGGAAGUAGCAUUGACAACAAUUAUUCUUCAUCUGGAAUUAGUGCCGUCUCUGAAUGCAGUGAUUCUUUUGAAAAACCAACGAAAAGGCAGCAUCUCAUACCAGCACAGGUAUUGGUUCCUUCAUCCAUGAAGUCAUCACCAUCUUAUUCAAGCCUCCUGAGUGCUGAGAAGCAAGAUGAAGGCAGAAACGGCUAUGCUGCUGGUGGUUCUGGCAGCAUUAGUAGGAUAAGCAGCUUUGAUUACAUGAUACCUGAGGGGAGAGUCCACGGUGGUGGCCUAAUGUCAUUGCUUGGUGGGAAUUUGAGAAACGCAAUAGAUGGCAUUUGAAGUUGGCGACUAUUCAAUGGUAAAAUUGUGCAUAGUGUAGUUCCUAUUCGAGUAGUUUUUGUGUAUAGUUUGUGCCGAUUGAUAGGGAUUAUUAUUGUUAUUGUUGUUGUACCAUAAUGAAUGUACUGGGGACCUGAUUUUUUCAUUUCAUCUUCUGGUUGUCAGGACAAGCUUUCAUAACAUGCCAUAAGCUAGUAAAUAAGGCUAUAAAUGGCAAAUUUGGAUUUAAAAUGUUGGUGUAAUAAGUCCUUUUGUUCAGUA